AUGUCUUUCCUGGGCGGUUCGGAGUGCUCAACGGCAGGAAACCCCCUUACGCAGUUCACAAAACAUGUUCAAGACGACAAGUCACUCCAGAGGGAUAGGUUGGCUGGGAAUGGACCUGGACGACAGGAGACCAUGCGGUCAAGAGGGAUGAUGGGCGGGCAAGAUCAUAUGAUGGAAGAAUUCCUACAACAAACCGAUCAGAUGCCGCAGGGACCAGCACAACCCUUUGCCAUGGAACAGAUGCGUCGAGAGCUAGAAAACUUCCAGCCAUCUCCUCAGAGGACAGGAUCGCCUGGCUGGGCCGCGGAGUUUGAUCCCGGAGAGCAAGCCCGCAUGGAAGCCGCGUUUCAGUCACCGCCACCCGGCAUGAUGAAGGGUAAUAAUGCCUUCCAGGCAUCGGAAUUCGCACGAUUUCAGCAGAGCAGAGCCGGAGCUGUUUCAGGAACGGCGAGCCCGAUGAUGUCACAGUACCAGAGACCAAUGGCUAGAGGGUAUGGCAUGGGAAUGGGCCAAAUGGGCAUGAUGAACUCAUCAUAUAUGCCUAUGAGCAUGCAACAACAGCCCCAACAACAGCCAAUGGAACAACAGGAUGUUAAAGGCAAGGGAAGGAUGAUCGAAUUGGACGAUCAAAACUGGGAAGCUCAGUUUGCCGAGAUAGAUGCUUCAGGCCAGGAGACCCUGGAUGACAAGGCGAAUGCUGCCAUGGAGAAAGAACUUGAAGAUUUGGAUAGGUCAGUUCCCGCAGAAGCGAACGAUUUUUCAGAUUUUGAGAAUGUGUGGAGAGGAAUUCAAGCUGAGACCGCUGCAAAUAGACAACUGGUGGACCAGGACGAGAAGAUCGAAAACAUGGCGAUGGGCGACUUCAGCGAGUGGGAGAAUUUUGAUAGUGGGUUGAAUACCCAUAAUUAUAGGGACCCACAGCUUGGAGAUUAUCUAUUCGAAGACGAAAACGCGUUCAGGGCUGUUGGCAACCCGUUCGAGGAGGGAGUACGAAUUCUGGAAGAGGGUGGGAACCUAUCUCUUGCCGCCCUUGCGUUUGAAGCUGCUGUUCAGAAGGAUCCGAGUCAUGUCCAGGCGUGGACUAUGUUGGGGUCGGCACAGGCGCAGAAUGAGAAAGAAAGCCCGGCUAUCAGGGCGUUGGAGCAAGCAUUGAAGCUAGAUGCCAAUAACCUCGAUGCACUCAUGGGCUUAGCAGUAUCAUAUACCAACGAAGGAUACGACUCGACAGCCUACCGAACCUUGGAGAGGUGGCUAUCUAUCAAGUACCCUCAAGUUAUUGACCCCAAGGACAUCGGAACUGAAACUGAGAUGGGAUUUACCGACCGACACCUAUUACACGAGAAAGUGACGGACCUUUUCAUCAAGGCGGCACAACUAUCGCCACAUGGUGAGCUUAUGGACCCUGAUGUACAGGUUGGGUUGGGUGUUCUAUUCUACGGCGCAGAGGAAUACGACAAAGCUGUCGACUGCUUCUCUGCUGCCCUCGCCUCCACUGAAUCAGGAACCUCAAAUCAAAAAGGACAGAUCCAUCUACUCUGGAAUAGGCUUGGUGCGACCCUCGCAAACUCCGGCCGAUCAGAGGAAGCCAUCGAAGCCUAUGAGAAGGCUCUCACAAUCAACCCCAACUUCGUUCGCGCUCGCUACAAUCUAGGUGUAUCCUGCAUCAAUAUCGGCUGCUACCCCGAAGCAGCUCAGCAUCUACUCGGCGCCUUGUCAAUGCACAAGGUUGUCGAGCAAGAAGGCCGCGAACGAGCAAGGGAGAUUGUCGAGGGAGUCGAUGGUAUCGAUGACGCGGAGCUUGAACGCAUGAUCCACAUUAGCCAAAACCAGAGUACGAACUUAUACGAUACCUUGCGACGAGUGUUUAGUCAGAUGGGCCGCAGAGACCUCAGCGACAUGGUAGUCAGCGGAAUGGACGUUUCGGUAUUCAAGGGGGAGUUCGACUUUUAG